AUGACCUCUGGGAUGCUAACGAUAUUAUGCCUCUCCUUGAUUCCGCCUGGCCUUCUUCGUCCGUCCCCUGCUUACAACUCUCCCAACCCAACCUCUCCCUCCUUCCCCCCCUCCCCUCCCACUUUCUUCCAGGUGAACUACUCCCGCCACAUCCGUCCCGACAUGAAGACCCAUACAGACCGCCCUCUAGUGGUGGACCCCCAGGAGAACCGCAACAACAACACCAACAAGACCACCAAAGAACCUGACCCCCGCCUCAGCCAGCAGCACGCCGACGAGCUGCUCCGCAAGCAGACACACGCCCACGAGAGAGGAGGUGGGGGAGGAGGAGGUGGGGUCUCAGGGUCUGGUUCGGGCCCUGGAAGGCCCUACGAGAGGGUGGACUCUACGGAGAGCCGCAGGAGCCGCAAGGAGAGCAAGGAGCACCAGGAGCUCCAACACCACCACUCCUCCCAUACCUGCCUAGAUGCAACGAUACUGGGCCAGAGUGGAGAGGUGAGGCCCCAGAGGAGGCACCACCACCCACGGGGCCAGGUGGGCUCAUCGGAGCACAGGAAACCCCGCCAGCACCGCAUGCCCCCAGAGGACGAAGAGGGGGGAGGUGGAGGAGGAGGUGGUGGAGGAGGAGGAGGAGGGGAAAGGCGGCACAAGAGCAGGGGGACAGAAGGAGGAGGCGAGGGGGAGAAGGAGGGGGGUGAGGGAGCUGAGAGGAGGCAGAGGCGGCAUCGACAUGGCACUCAGUCAGGGUGUGAUGGUGAGGGGAAGAGGACGCGGCAACACCGCAGGAAGUGAGUGAGACCCUGACACACACCCUGUAGUUCUCAGAACCUUUCAGACAUUUCCAUACUUCUUCUCUUCCUUCAAUCUCUCUAAUUUCUCCCUUUCUUCCUUUCUUUCCUUCUCUUUCCCUCUAUAGGGAUGGUCCCAACCUGUCCACCACACGGCCCAUCCAAAAGAGCCUCUGUAGACAGGACAGCCAGUACAGCGAGGACAUGGACAAUGUCAUGAACAGUAAACUGGCCACCAACCAGCCCCAGCUACCCCCAGGCUCCACCCAGCAGCCCUGCCCAGCCUCGGGCCUCCCCAGCCCAGCCAACCACAUUACUCCAGGCCCAGGCUUUGGCCCUGCAGGCCUCAACACUCACUUGACCAACAGCAGCUCCCACUUGGGCCCAGAUGGAAGCCUGGUUCCUGCAUACGGAAGUAGCACCCAGGAUACCGGACCACACGGCAGUGGACAUACCUUCCCACAACGCCAUACUGCAGGGUGAGAGAGAGGGAGGAAAGAGGAGGGGAGGGGGAUGGAGGGAGACUGUGAAUGACCAAGGUUUAUCAGGUGACAUCUUCAGUCAAAACAUUGAGAAACAGCCACACAUGCCAUGCUAUUUCUGAAUUCUUGUUCUUCUUCCCUUCUUUCCUUUCCUUUCCUUUCCUUUCCUUUCCUUUCCUUUCCUUUCCUUUUUUUUCCUUUCCUUUCCUUUCCUUUCCUUUCCUUUCCUUUCCUUUCCUAUCCACCCCCCCCUCCCUCCCUCCCUCCCUCUCUCUCUCUCUCUCUCUCUCUCUCUCUCUCGCUCUCUCUCUCAUCCCUCUCUCUCUUACCUCCCUCCAGUCAAUAAGAAUGCUAACACAGAGCCUCUGCCUAAGAAGGAGGAUAAGGAUGAUGAUGAUGAUGAGAAGGGUGAUGAAGAUGGACCCAAACCAAUGCCUCCCUAUAGCUCCAUGUUCAUCCUCUCUACCACCAACCCGUAAGUGGGUUCAUGCAUGCACACACACACACACACACACACACACAAUCACAAUCACAAUCACACACACAAACGUAUAUUCAUUAUUCAUUAUAUUAAUGAUGAUUUUCUGUUGUUGUUGCAAUGUGUGUGUGUCUGUGUGUGUGUGUGUGUGUCUGUGUGUGUACGUGCGUGCUUGUGUGUGUAUGUGUGGGUCUGUGUGUGUGAUCAGGUUCCGGAGACUAUGCCACUACAUUGUGACUCUGAAAUUCUUUGAGUUUGGUAUCCUGUCUACCAUCGCUAUGAGCAGUAUCGCCCUGGCAGCAGAAGACCCCGUCUGGCCAGAAUCACCUCGCAACAAUGUGAGACACUCAAUGCUAGCUCUGUGUCCAUAUUAGCUUCUAUUUACUCUCCAUGCUAACUUAGUUAUUAGCUAACUUUUACUUUACCCUCUAUGCUAACAUAGCUAGUUUAGCUAGCUUCUACUUUACCCUCCAUGCUAACUUAGCUAUUAUAGCUAACUUCUACUUUACCCUCAAUGCUAACUUAGCUAUUAGCUAACUUUUACUAUACCCUUCAUGCUAACUGGACUAUUAGCUAGCUUCUACUUUACCCAUGCUAACUCUGUUUCCUCUCUCUCCCUUUAUGCAGGUUCUGCGCUACUUUGACUAUGUGUUUACGGGAGUGUUCACCUUUGAGAUGUUGAUUAAGGUAACUCUGAAUCUACUUCACUCUAGCUAUACUUGUUAUUUUUCGAUGUGAGACAAUCAAUCUCUCCGUCUCCCUUACCCUACCGCCCCCCCCUCUCUUUCUCUCUUUCUCUCUUUUCUCUCCCCCCCUCUUCCUCCUUCUCUCUCUCCAACCCCCCCCCCCCCCCCCCCCCCCCCCCCCUUCUCUCAGAUGGUGGAUCUGGGCCUGGUGUUGCACCAGGGCUCCUAUUUCCGUGACCUGUGGAAUAUCCUGGACUUUAUAGUGGUUAGUGGUGCUCUGGUGGCCUUCGCCUUCACGUAAGUGACCCUCCUGCCCCAUCACCUCCUCUCCCCCAACUCUCUCUCUCUUGUCCUGCCUGCUGCCCCCUCUCUUCCUCUCCCCACUCUGCCCCCUCUCUCUGCUGUCCGUCCUCCAAGGGGUCACAUCGUCACAGCCAGCCAGCCUCACAGGCGCCCUGGAGCAAAGCCCUACUCUCUCACUCUCUCCUCUGUCGCUCUCUCUUCUCUCUUCUGUCACUCUCUCUCUCUGUCUCUAUCUAUCCCAUGCUCUUGCUCUGUCUCACGUUCACACUCCCACGCUCUCUCUCUUCUGUCUCACUCUGUCUCUGUUUUACCUCCUCUGUCUGUCUUGCGCUGUCUCACUCGAUUAUGAUACAUAAUCUGAUGUCUUUGGCAAGCACCUCAACAACCUUCCCACAACCUUCCCAUAACAUCCAACUCCCCAGGCUACUGGCACUACCGUUUCCCCUAUGCCUCCUCUCAAUCAUCUUUCGCCAGAGGCAACCCCUUCUCUCUCCUCCUGUCCUUUACCCCGCACCCCCGCUCCCCAUCUCACCUGCCCCCCUCGCUCCUCGUUUCCUCUCCUCCCCCCUGCGGUCAACCACUAUCCCCCUCCCCCUUUCUCUUCCAACGUCCACUACGCCCCCCUCUCUCGCCCCUCUCCUCCCCCUUAUCUCCCGUGGGUGUGAGGACCACCCCAGGCACCUGUAACCCUUUAGUGUCCCAGGCAGUUCUGGAGCUGAGGGGCCCGAGCCGCACCCCUCCUCCACCCCUCCAACGGAGCAGGUAUUUCAGCUUCCUUCUUCUGCACGCCACUGCCUGAGCUUGGGCUGGGAGUGGGACAGGUGCUAUGGCUGGUGAUGGAGCUGGUACUAUGGCUGGGGCUGGAGCUUGGUGUGGGAUAAAGAAGGUUGCCUUAAUGAAAUAAAGGUUUAGGAUGGGGUAAGUGCUGGGGCUAAGGCUAAGGCUAAAUGGAACUGGAGCUGGAUGUGGGGUGUGGGGAAAGAGAAGUGCUGGGGUUGUAGGUGGGGGCAGGUGGGGUUGAGCGACAGAGAGGAAGGGAUGAGAAAGGAUAAAUAUGAGAUGGGAAUAGGCAGGAUGGGUAGGUCUUGGAAUAGUACAUUGAUACCUUGUCAAUGAUACAUUGACUCUCUUGAAAAGAGAUGCUGAGUCUUAAUGUGACUACAUGGGCCGACACAGGAUAGAUCAACAGACUAAAGGGAAUGGUUGGGUUGGGUGUGAUGCUAAAAUGUGAAUGUUUUUUCUGACUGAUAAGAUUUUUCUGGAAUAUAGUGUAUGACCUGUUGUCUGUAUGCGUGAGGACAUCCUCCUCUGUGCCUAUGGGUGUCUAUGAGGACGUUUUAAAUAUCAGACAGUAUAGCUAAAAUCCUGGUCCAAAAAUGACCCUCCUAAGCCCAUCGGACGGCAAGGUGAAUGGACCGUGCUAGCAUUGUUAGCUUUUUCAUGAUCCAGACCUCUUAUCGUAUAGCGUGGCGCCUGAAAUGGUGUCCAAAACUCACAAAAUGAUGCCAAUUUCUCUAGGCUGGUUGAUUUAGACCUAGGAUAUGAUUUGACAAUGAUUUACACAUAGUUGCAUGAUAUAAAGUAAUUGGUUAAGGCUUGUGAGUUGAUUAUUGCACAUGCUACCUGAACACAUAGUGCAUGAGUUAUUCUGAUAGUAUUGAUGUAAGUCUUUCCACGCUAACCCAGUCCCCUUAUACAGGUGGAUCAUUGCACAAUGGAAAAACAUGGAGACCAGGGCAGUGGUCGAUUCCAUUUUGAUUCACUCAAUUCAGGAAUUGAAUCAUUGAAUUGAAUUCAAAGAAAAUACUGGGAUAUUUUCAAAACCAUUCAUUCAAUUUCAAUCGAUCAUCUGAAUUGACUGAAUCAAAAUGGAAUCGAAAGCCCAACCCUAAAGGAAACCACGGGUAUGAGGAUGGUGUGCCCAUAAGCAUACAUACACACAUACAUACUCGAGGUCCAUAUACAUUCAUAUAAGAAUGGGAAUGGCUAUAACUAACAUUCAUUUCUUUAAUGAAGAACUUAUCAUAGCUCUGAGUAUAUGAUAAUUCAUAAGCUGAUAGGGGUUUGCGUGUUUCACAAACAGAAAUCACUCCACUUUGUAUCUGCCCAAGCAUGUCUUAUACCUCCUCAGGGAUGGUCCCUUCCUUCCACCCAUACUCCCUAGGCCCUAACAAUAGCUCCCUUUGCUUAACAGAUUACCAUAUUACAGUGGGCAUGUACAUGUUCCUCUCCUCUAAGGGAGAAAGAUAGAAAAAGAAGCCUGGCUGUGCCUGCAGAAUAUUCCCUCCUUCCCCCCUCCCUCCCUCCCUCCAUCCCUCCCUCCCUCCAUCCCUCCCUCCAUCCCUCACUCCUUUACUCUGCUCCUGUGGAGAGAAACAAACUGUUCAUCGAUCCCCCCUACAUUCCUCCUCUCUUCUUUUUCAUGAUCACUGACUGGAUAGGUUCACAGAAUGUUAGCAUUGCCCAGCUAGCAUUCACAUCAUUACCAUUGCCUAUCCAGUCCUUUCACAUCUGCAGUCAUGUGAAGGAGAUGAAGGAAAGGAUGCUUUGUAGGAAUAAUGGGAUGCUCAAGGUAGAAGUUGCAUCAAACCACAUAUCUAAGAUCAGAUUGUCCUACCAUAAAUCCUAACCUUGCCCGUUAGGCUGGUAAAAACUAAUCUGAUUCUAGAUCAGUGUCUAGGGGCAACUUCAUGCUAGUCUUCCUCUGAGUGGCCGGUGCUCCAGGGUGGCAGUGGCGCCCCCUGUCUGUGGGAUUGACCCCCUGAUCCAUAUCUCUGCCAUGUUAUGUGUGUAUGUGUGUGUGUCGCUGUCAAGUGUAUUCGUGUGUGUGUGUGCGUGUGUGUGUGUCACUAACAAAGAGUUUGUUUAUUUCAUGUAUAUGUGUGUCUUUCUGUAUGUAUGUCUGUAUGUAUUUAUGUGUGUUGCAUAUAUAUGUAUAUCUUCAUGUAUGCAUACUGUAUAUAUGUGUGUGUCUAUCUGAGUGUAUAUGUAUGUUUGUGUGUUUCUCUUUCUGUGUUAGGCCUGCGUUUUUAGUCUCAGGGUAUAAUGGAAUGUUUGACAAAGGGCCAGACAGACAGACUGACAGGCAGCAAGACAGACAGCAAGACAGACAGACAGAGACUCUGAUAGAUCAGACAGACAGACAUACAGAUACUUUGAUAUAUCAGUCAGUCAGACAGACAGACAGACAGACAGACAGACAGACAUAGACUCUGAUAGAUCAGUCAGACAGACAGACAGAUACUCUGAUAGAUCAGUCAGACAGACAGACAGAGAUGCUGAUAGAUCCGUCAGACAGACAGAUAGAUAGACAAGACUCUGAUAGAUCAGUCAGACAGACAGACAGACAGACAGAUACUCUGAUACAUCAGUCAGACAGACAGACAGAGAUGCUGAUAGAUCAGUCAGACAGACAGACAGACAGACAGACAGACAAGACUCUGAUAGAUCACUCAGACAGACAGACAGAGACUCUGAUAGAUCAGUCAGUCAGACAGACAAGACUCUGAUAGAUCAGUCAGACAGACAGACAGAUACUCUGAUAGAUCAGUCAGACAGACAGACAGACAGACAGAGACUCUGAUAGAUCAGUCAGACAGACAGACAGACAGACACUCUGAUAGAUCAGUCAAAUAACAGUAAAACUCACAGAGCCAGAGCAGACUCUAACAGAUAAAGAUAGUGACCUAAUUCGAUUGGUUGAAAUCAAGCAGCAUUGCAGAUAGAACGAGUGCUCCCAUUGGAGAUCUGUAUCACCACUUUGAUCUAAUUGCUCCGGCAUCCAGUGUCUGGCCUGAUGAUCGGUGGUAUCUGGGCUCGUGCCGUCAUCCUGCAUGCCUCUCAAAUAAAUAGAAGAACUGCUGUGCCUGAACAUAAUCCCCUUCCCAAGGCAGGACACUGAUAGGCCAAAACUGGUACACACCUACACUAGUGGACCAAUCAGAUGGCUGGAAGGGAAGUGGUUUGAUAUUGGUUACUAUGGUUACUAACAUGGAUGUUCCCCUCAGUUGACCCUAUGGAAUUGUUAAAGCAUCGUUGAUGUUGAGCGUCAAUGGUGGCACUAGUUUGGUGCUGUGUCCCAGUUAUAGAGUUCUCUGGUUGUGUGUGUGUGUGUUUAUGUGUGAUAAUGGGUUUCAAUAUAGGCAUAGAUUGAUUAGCCACGGAACUUCACAUGACAGACAAACAUACAGGUAGCUAGGAGUGUGUAUGUUUGGGAGGUUGAAGAUAUGACAGACAAACCGACAGGUAGCUACAUUUACAUUACAUUUUAGUCAUUUAGCAGACGCUCUUAUCCAGAGCGACUUACAGGAGCAAUUAGGGUUAAGUGCCUUGCUUAAGGGCUCAGGGAUUAGAACCAUGACCUUUCGGUUACUGGCACAACGCUCUUACCCACUAAGCUACCUGCCGCCCAGCUAGGAGUGUGUAUGUUGGGGAGGUUAAAGAUAUGACAGACAAACAGACAGGUAGCUAGGAGUGUGUAUGUUGGGGAGGUUGAAGAUAUGACAGACAAACAGACAGGUAGCUAGGAGUGUGUAUGUGGGGAGGUUGAAGAUGUGUGUAUGCGAGAGGGGAGAGAUCAAACAAAACACAGGCCUUGCACUCUCUCUGUUUCUCCGUCUCAUAUGGAUGUUUUUCCUCCUUCAAACCUGUCCUUUUCCCUUUGUCUCGUUUUCUCUCCUUCUCUGUCUCUUUCUUUUCCCACCUCUCUCUCUCUCUCUCCUCUGUCUCGCUGUCUUUGACCCUUUCUGAUCUCUCCGUUCCGGACCUACAGGAGCAGUAGCGGGUAAAGUUGUGUUCUCUCUCUCUUUCUCUUCUGCUGCACUCUGAGUGCUUGUCCUUUUGAUCACAUGGCUUUCCUCUCUUUCUUUUUUAAAUCUGUCCGUCCCAAAGUCCGUCGCCCACGUGUCUUUAUCUCUCGCUCUCUCUCUCUCUCUCUCUCUCUCUCUCUCUCUCUCUCUCUCUCUCUCUCUCUCUCUCUCUCUCUCUCUCUCUCUCUCUCUCUCUCUCUGUCGUUCACACUGCUCUCUAUGUGGAACAGCUCUAACUAACAUACGACUCAAGUGAAUCCAACAUGAAUCAAAUGUGAAUUGUUCAUGUGUGAGUCUGAACUGAAUCUAAAGCAAAUCACAAGUGAUUCAGAAGAGACAAUGAGAAUAAAAAGAGUAGAGGAAGCAGAGUAAUAGGUGAACCAAGUGAAUCAAGUGAAGAGGAGGGGGAAGUGUGAUAGUGUAGAUACAACAGCAGUAAUUGCCACAGGUUUUUGGGGCUGGUCAUGCUGGAGCUAGAGAGCAGAUGGAGACAGCAGCGAGAGGCAGUGAGUCGUAGGAAAUACUACUCAUUGAGAUCAGACAUACACGGACACGUGGAAACGCACACUCACACACACACACACCAUUGCAGGCAGAUUUUGUAAACACACACACAUACCUGCACACAUGCAGAAACAGAUGUGUAGCCUUACAUCUGGUGUAACAGCUGCAGCCGCAGCAGGAGGUUCUAGAAGACCUCAGGCAUCCCCCACCAUGACCCCUGACCUUGGAGAGGUCACAGCUGACCUUUCACCCCCUUAGGCUGAGUAGGGAAGACCCAGGGAGAAAUCUGGAGACAUCUCUUACUGAGAUGCGGGUUAGUUAGUUAGCUUUUUAGCCACCUAGUUAGCUAGCUAGCCAGCUAGUUAUUCAUUCAGAUAUUAUAUGCAAAUUGAACAGGAUUACCUCCACCAACCAGGUGCUAGGGCUAGUCUCUUUUCUAUAUAUGACCAGAUAUUCAGAGAGAAUCCUCUCUACUCCCACACACGUUAGUAUGUCCACAGUCUCCCCUCCAAAAAAAAGAAAGAGGUUUGGCUUGGCAUUUCAGUCCAGAAAUGCCUGCGCAAUAUGUUUGUCUUUGCCAAAGACCAAGACAUAAUCUCAUGCUGUUUGGGCUAUGCUAUGAAACCAGCUUGGGGAGGGUAGUGGUAGAGCUACUAUCUCUGUGUAGAAGAGUUCACCAUUCCUCUAGCUAUCAAUGGAGAACAAGGUUUCAAUACAGCAUGGGAAGCAAUACUGUAGGUUUCAAAGCAGCAUGAGUAGACUGCACUGUUUCAGUAUUUCAGUGCAUGUGUCCGUGGGUUCAGCCAGCUUGCUUAGUGUUGAAUGAUGCAUUGCACAGUGCUAGAGUUGUUGAGAGUAGUUUGAAUGGAACAAUCCGUUUUUACAUAGCAUGUAACGGCAUACAGAAAGCUGAAGGUACAGUGCAACUUAACCUUGCAGAAGUAGUCUGUCAUACAGUUUUUUACAAUAACUUUGGCACUAAUUUCAGAACCUUGACGUCAUUUUUCAAAACUCUAGACGCAAAACUCAAAACGGUCAUCACUUGUAACACAGGCUGUCCAAUGUUCAAAACAUUGCAUUGUGCAUUCAUAUCUUUAAAGAAAUCUUGCACUUGCACAAUCAUUGGUUCAAAAAACUAAUGUAUUGUGAAAUACCAAUGAAACGUUCAUUUAGAUCACCCACACACAAGCAACCGAUAGUUUCACUGUGUCAUUGUACGAACAAUCAUUAAAUAUUGUAGUACAAAAUAGGUGAUACAUGUUUCAUUAUGGUACUACAUGUAAAUACAUCCCUGUAAAAGUACUGCAGUAGUAGAGAGAAUACUACAGACACAGUGGAAUCAUUGAACAAAAUCUUAAAUAUAUUGAUGAAAAACAAAACAGUACUGUAAAACAUCAAAUGCAGUGUUCCUCAACUUGCUUGCUUGUACUGUAAAAAGCAAAACAUAGGAGUGAUUACUGUACUUCUAGAUUUUCAUCAACUCUGUCUUGUGGAUUUGGCCACAAGUUCUCAUCUACAUCACAAUGGAUGUUUUCAUUAGCCAAACAUCUUGGAAAAAACCUUCAGGCAUGGCGAAUCCUGACACUGGUCUGCCGUGAUGUCAUUGCAUGCGUCAUCCAUGGCCUGGAGAAGAGUGACUUGUUCAUGAGGGCGCCUAUCAUAAACCUUCCAUCUCCAUGUGGAGAAAAAUUCCUCAAUCGGGUUAAGGAAAGGAGAGUACGGGGGUAAAUACAGGGUGGUAAAUUGUGCAUGGGCCUGAAACCAUGCUUGCACCAUAUGAGCAUGGUGGAACCUGACAUUAUCCCACACAAUGACAUAGGUCACGCCAUCAGCUCUACAGACCUGAUCGAGCUCAUCAAGGAAGGUUACAAGGAGAGCUGCAUUAUAUGAUCCAAUACGAGGUCUGCGUCCCACCACACCAUCUUCUGAUAUAGCCACACACAUGGUAAUGUUGGCCCCACGUUGUCCAGGUACUUGGAUGGUUGCCCGCUGGCCAAUGAAAUUCCAAACCUCUCCUCCUUGUCUGGGCCAGGUUAAAGCCUGCCUGAUCCAAAUAUAUGAAUGUUUGAUGGUUGUCAUCAGCAUCCAGCUCCAUCACCCUCUAAAAAUACAUUUUGGAAAGAGAUUUACUGAUUACUGUACAAUGUAGAAUUAUUAGGGAAUUUUAUUACAACAGCCAUCUUGAAACUGAACAUACCUGAACAUACUCAGUCCUCAUUUGUUUCACUCUGUCUGCAUUCCUUUCAAAAGGCACACGGUAUAGUUGUUUUAAAGACACCUGGUGCCUUUUCAGCAUGCGUGCAAUAGUCGGCAAACUUAUGGAUUCCACAUUGUUAAACAUGUCUUCAUUGUCCAAGAUAUACUGGCGAAAUUCUGUAAGGCGAUUAUCAUUUCUGGCCCGAACCAAAUCGACCACAGCCUGCUCUUGUUGGUCAGUCAGAAUUUUGCCUCUGCCUCCCCUAUUUGGCCUAGUCUCAAUUCUACAGGGAACAUUACAGUAAGAAGACACUUGGUCACAUCACCUACUCUGUGAUACACAUUGGUAUGCAGUCAUUUGACAAUUGAGAGUAGCAUAAUGUUUAGUGCAUGCUGACGAUUUACCGGUUCUCAUUGCGGAAAGUUCUGAUUAUUGAGGCCACGGUUGACCUUCUGAGGUUUGGUUGUAUCAUUGUAGCCGCCUCAGUCAUUGUCAUGCCAUGAUUUAUGACAUGGUCUACAACUAUUGCUCGGAUUUCAUUGGACACUCUUUGCUGUUGCUGCCGCUGUCUUGGUCCGUGGCCUUGUCCUCUACCACGUUCCCCCACACCUCUCAAACGAGGCCCACGACCACCUCUCAGAAGGGGUGCUUGUCCCCUGCCAUUCCUUUGACCAACACGUCUUCCUCGUCUUCCUCCCACCACUGCUUGACCUCUAUUGUGACCUGGAUCACCUGCCGGCUCCAUGUUACAGUACGUAUCGCUAUGUUGUUGCAAGUGGAUCCCAAUCAAGUCUUGAUAUACUCGUUCCACAAUGUGAAGUCAAUCAUCAGUAACGAGUUGGCAGAAUUGGACAAGCAAUUACAAGGGCCUGCAUCCAUACAGUGCAGUACUGUCAAUACUGUAAAUAGUCUGAUAAGGUGGUACAUGGGACCAUAGAAACGGUGUCUGAUAAAGAAUGAUGAUGAAAUAUUACAUCCAUAGAUAAUGUAGUCUAAUUGGUUCAUGCUCCACGCUAAUUGGUGACAAUGAAUCUCGUUAUCUUGAAACUUUCAUGAUCUAAACAUGGAAUAUUGUUUGUCUGUUUCCAUACAACUAUGCAUUAAGAGUAAUGCAACAGUUACUUAUCAUUUUGAGCAGUUGUAUCAAUUGAUAGUUGGAUAAUUGUAAUGAAAUGAAUAGACACUCAUCUGAAAUGUAAUGUGUGAAUUGCCUUUUGAAAUAGUGGUACUUUGAUGUUAAGAUGUGUCAUAUUGAACAGGUGAUUUUUGUUAAAUGAACAAAUGAUCUUAGUUUUAUGUGUAUUGUAUCCAAGCAAUUGAAAAAAGUGUUAGAGUUUUGAAAAAUGUGCAUUUUGAUCAUUGGUUGUGAGUUUUGUGUCUAGAGUUUUGAAAAAUGACAUCAAGGUUCUGAAAUUAGUGCCAAAGUGAUUGUAAAAAACUGUAAUAUAGCAUGUUUUGCUUUGUCAACUAACCCUGUCUGAGUUCCUCACAGUGAGUGAACUCAGCGACUACCUUCUAGGAAUGGCCUCCUACUACUUCUACCCUCUUCUAUUUGAAUCAAGAGGGGCUACGCCAGCUUCCUCCACGUGCCAUCCCCUCCCUCUCUGACUGUUGUCUGUGUUUGUGUGUUGUGUUGUGUUGUGUGUGUGUGUGUGUGUGUGUGUGUGUGUGUGUGUGUGUGUGUGUGUCUGUGUGUGUGUGUGUGUGUGUGUGUGUGUCUGUGUGUGUGUGUGUGAAACAGGGGGAGCAGUAAGGGGAAAGACAUCAGCACGAUCAAGUCUCUGAGGGUUCUGAGAGUGUUGCGACCUCUGAAGACUAUCAAGCGUCUUCCAAAGCUCAAGGUAUGUUCAAGUCUAACCACGUUUAUUACUGUCUGUUAACAGCCACAUCCACCAUUCUGAUAAACAUUUCUCCCAAGUAGGACCUUACAGUGUCCAGGCUGUUGGAAUCUCAUUUUUCUCAUCGUUAACCUUUAUUUAAAUCUGCACGGGGUUUUCUGGAUUUUUAGACUGUGGCUCAGUCGUAUACAGAUGGGCUGUGUGCCUUUGUCUGACUGUGUAUCUCUGUGUCUGCAGGCUGUAUUUGACUGCGUGGUCAACUCCCUGAAGAACGUCCUGAACAUCCUCAUCGUAUACAUGCUCUUCAUGUUUAUAUUUGCUGUGGUGGCCGUGCAGCUGUUCAAAGGAAGAUUCUUCUACUGCACUGACGAGUCCAAAGAGUUUGAGCGCGAUUGCAGGUCAGAAGACACACACAUGAAGACACACAUACUGUAUGGACACAUGAUGUAGACACACACACACACACACACACACACACACACACACAUAGUAUUACGUAUGAACAAUGAACAAUCUGUUGUGUGUUCCAGGGGCGAAUAUCUAGUCUAUGAGCGGAAUAAUGAAGUGAAGGCGCAGAAGCGGGAGUGGAAGAAGUACGAUUUCCACUACGACAACGUGCUUUGGGCCCUGCUCACCCUCUUCACCGUGUCUACCGGAGAGGGGUGGCCGCAGUGAGUACAGUACACACACACAGACUGAUAGACACACAGACAAAUGUUCAUGCACACACACAAAAACAAUUUCUCUCUCUCUCUCUCUCUCUCUCUCUCUCUCUCUCUCUCUCUCUCUCUCUCUCUCUCUCUCUCUCUCUCUCUCAAUUCAAUUCAAUUCAAUUUAAUUUCAAUUCAAUUUAAGGGCUUUAUUGGCAUGGGAAACGUGUGUUAACAUUGCCAAAGCAAGUGAAGUAGAUAGUAAACAAAAGUGAAAUAAACAAUAAAUAUUAACAGUAAACAUUACACUCAGAAGUUUCAAAAGAAUAAAGACAUUUCAAAUGUCAUAUUAUGUAUAUAUACAUAAUAUAUAAUAUAUAUCUCUCUCUCUCUCUCUCUCUCUCUCUCUCUCUCUCUCUCUCUCUCUCUCUCUCUCUCUCUCUCAAACACACACACCCAAACUCACAAACACAACCCCCAACCAAACACAAGCACCCCACCCUCCCCUAUCCUAACCAUCCCUCUCUCCUCUCUUACUUCCUCCAGGGUGCUGAAACAUUCAGUGGAUGCGACUUAUGAGAAUCAGGGCCCGAGCCCGGGGUACCGGAUGGAGAUGUCCAUCUUCUACGUGGUGUACUUCGUGGUCUUCCCCUUCUUCUUCGUCAAUAUCUUCGUAGCUCUCAUCAUCAUCACUUUCCAGGAGCAAGGAGACAAGAUGAUGGAGGAUUACAGUUUAGAGAAAAACGAGGUGAGAAGAGAGGGCGAGGAAGAGGGGAGUGGGAGGGAGGGAGAAGGCAGAGAGGUUGGAGAAGAAUGACAUGAAAAAGGAUGGCAUAGAUACUGCAUGCUAGUCCAAAACAUUUGAGCGAUUAUUUGUAACAACCCCAGGCUUUUAAGAGCGUGACAAAAACAUCCAAGGGAGAUAGCUCAGUUGGGACCGUGACUAGUGUGCUCUCCUUAAGAACAGAUGGCUGGGGUUCAAACCCCUCAGUGGUGUGACCUAGUCCCGCAGGUCUCAAUUAGUUUAGUCAAAUGUUUAAGCUCUACGCUAGAACAAAAGCCUGGUGAAGGCAUUCGCUGAAACACAUUGGUUGUAACAAUAACAUAUUCAUUUUUGAAGCAACAAACUGGGCACACACUGGUUGAAUCAACGUUGUUUCCACAUAAUUUCAAUGAAAUUAUGUUGAACCAACGUGGAAUAGACGUUGAAUUGAUGUCUGUGCCUAGUGGGAAACUUCGGUAACACUUUACUUAACAUCCACCAUCAUAACACGUUAUGACACGGUCAUAACCAUGUCAUAAUAUGUCAUAACAGCUGACAUAACUUGUCAUAACCUGUUAUAAAUGGUCAUGGCACAUAUAAUUAGACCUGUUGUGACAUAUAUUGCGUUAUUUUAUGGCUGGUUAUGACACCUACAUAAGAGUUUCAAAACCCGCAAAACCAACCACACAAGGCAAAACAUUCCAUUACACUAUAGCCUACGUGUCAGCAGUAUGUUUAUGUUGUAUAAUUUUUUAAUUUUUUAUUGACCAUAUUAAAUUAUCAUUGUAAUUGCGCACAAAUUGAUGUCAGACAUGCACCUACCCCAAUGCUCUGUUGAUGAAUGCAGGAUCAGAUUUCAGGAGCAGGACAAGACACCCUCUUUUUAACUGAUAACAUAUAAUGGCAUGUACAUGAUAGGCCUAUCUGGCUUAUAUGAUUAUGAUGGUCAUAAUGCUUCAUGACAGUGUCAUAAAGUGUAUUUUCUUGUACAAGUUAUUUAAAAUAUGAUGGAGAAAAAAAACAUGACUGUAAAGAAUGACAACAACAAAGGAUUUAAGCAACAAACUUUCAAACAAACUUCUUGCAGGGAAAAAUACUAAUAAAUAUGGGUUUUGACACUCUUAUGUAGGUGUCAUAACCAGCCAUAAAAUAAUUCAAUAUAUGUCACAACAGGUGUAAAUAUAUGGGUCAUGACAGUGUUAUGACCAUAUUAUGACAGGUUAUGACACAAUAUGUCAGCUGUUAUGACAUAUUAUGACAUGGUUAGGACCGUGUAAAGUAAAGUGUUACCGAAACUUCCAUUGUCCUACCAAGUUGCUGAAUAUCUUCUCAUCUUUAGAACAAAAGCCUACACAUCCUGUGGGUUUGCAAGAUCAGGUUUGAAGACCACAGCACUGUCAGUGAGAUAUUAACCCAUUGUUGUCUGUCUGUCUGUCUGUCUGUCUGUAUGUCUGUCUGUCUGUCUGUCUGUCUGUCUGUCUGUCUGUCUGUCUGUCUGUCUGUCUGUCUGUCUGUCUGUCUGUCUGUUUCCAGAGAGGCUGCAUAGACUUCGCCAUUAAUGCCAAACCCCUGACACGACACAUGCCUAAGAACAAGCAAAGCUUCCAGUACCGCAUGUGGGAGUUUGUGGUGUCGCCGCCAUUCGAGUAUACAAUCAUGGCUAUGAUCGCGCUCAAUACUAUCGUACUGAUGAUGAAGGUAUGACAAGCCCGGACACACACUGAUUGUCUCUCUUCAUAAUUACCCUCAAUCCUCUCUCACACACACACACACACACACACACACACACACACACACACACACACACACACACACACACUAAACUAAUUGUUCUACCUUUGUUGGGUGUGCUAACCUGUGUGAGUGUCUCUAUCUGUCUUCAUAUGUGUCUUCCUCUCUGUCCAUGGUUGUCUGUGUCUCUGUGUGUGUUUGGAUGAUAUUUGUCAUAUUCCUUUAUGCAUUUAUUUGUGUGUCUGUGUAUUUGUGUUAUUGUGCAUUUCUGUGUACUUGUGUAUGUCUAUGUGCAUAUAUUUGUGUGUGUGUGUGUGUUUGUGUGUGUGUGUGUGUGUGUGUGUGUGUGUGUGUGUGUGUGUGUGUGUGUGUGUGUGUGUGUGUGUGUGUGUGUGUGUGUGUGUGUGUGUGUGUGUGUGUGUGUGUGUGUGUGUGUGUGUGUGUGUGUGUGUGUGUGUGUGUGUGUAGUAUGACGGAGCCUCUCCGGCCUACGAGGCUGUGCUGGCCAACCUGAACAUCGUGUUCACCUCGCUGUUCUCCAUGGAGUGUGUGCUCAAGAUCAUCGCCUUUGGAGUACUG